AUGACAAGCCAUCAGGCAGUAAAAUCUUUCAAGAAAUCUUCUGUCCCAGGAGUUACUAUCACCCAGUUUGUAGACGAUAUUCCAAAUGGAUGCAGUACACCUGACUUUGAGCGGAAACCUGUCACUCUGACAUUGCAGGAAGGUAAAAAUGCCAUUUUCAGAGCUGUGGUCAAAGGUGUCCCAACCCCUGACGUGAAAUGGACGCGUAUGCAAGGAGGAAUGGAUGAUCCUGCCAAAUAUGAAACAUUCUUCAAUAACGUUACAAAUGAAUUCAUUCUGCAGAUAAACAAACUCACUACAGAUGACAGCGAUUUGUAUCGUUGCUUUGCUGUGAAUGAAUAUGGGGAAGCUGCAUGCUCUGCUGGCCUCAGGAUCAUACAAGAGUUAAAGAAGAAGCUUCAGGAGUUCAGGAAGCUGCUGAGGAAGCGGGCCCCAGCACCAAAACCAAAACCCUUGGACAAAGAAGCAGUCUGGCAACUGUUGCUGCAUGCAGAUAGGAGAGAUUAUGAGAAAAUCUGUAUGAAAUAUGGAAUUGUUGACUUCCGUGGGAUGCUGAGAAAGCUGCAAGAGAUGAGGAAGGACACAGAAAGUGAACAAGGAGAGUUACUACACAGUAUCAGAAACUUUGAACACAUCAAAGUCAACAAGGAUGGAAAAGCUACAUUCAGUCUGGUGAUGGACCUGAAAAAUCACAACAGCAAAGUUUAUCUGCUUAAGGAUGGUGAGAGGCUCAGAUAUGGAACAGGGGAUGAAUACAGAAAGCACUGCCUGAGGCGAAUUGGAAAAAGGUAUAGCUUCAUUGUCAACGAUGUGCAGCCAGAAGAUGCAGGCGUGUAUCAAGUCAGAGUGGAGGAUGUACCUGUUUUCUCAACUGAACUGGAUGCUGAAUCCAUCCCUGUGAGAUUUCAGCAGCCACUCAGUGAUGUGCGUUGUUCUGAGGAAGAAGAUGCUGUCUUUGAUUGUAUCCUACGCACACCCUGUUACGAUGCUGUGUGGCUACACAAAACCCACCUCCUUGAGGCAAGUGAGAAGCACCAGAUCUCCGUAACACCUGAUGGUCUGACCCACCAGCUGAUUAUCAAAAAUGUUGUGCCCUCUGACAAUGGCAUGUACACCCUCGACACUGGACUCUGCUCCUCAAAUGCCUGGCUUAUUGUAGAGUGUGGUGGUGUCAUUGGCUCUGCAAUACGGGGAGCUGGGUCUCCCUAUGGCAAGGACAGUGGCUCAGCUGGAGCCAGGGCUGGUGUGGGUGGUGUUGGCAGGUUGGGAGCACCACCCUGUUACGUCAACAAACAGUUACUUGAUGUCAGAGUCCUGAAAGGGGAACCAGCUGAGCUGUCUUGCACUGUCAGUAAACAUGAAGUGACAGGAACCUGGUUUAAAGAUGGAUUAAAGUUAACAAACAUGGAUGGAGUCCUUUUUGAAAAGGAAGGUCUAGUCCACAAGCUAAUUAUUAACAAAGUAGAAGAUAUUCAUGCUGGGAAAUACAGGUUUGAAGGUGGAGAUAUAAAAACUGAAGCUUCAAUUUUUGUUGAAGAUCCUCCACAGGUUGACAAAGUUCUCCUCAAAAACUUAACAAGUGUUCCUACUGUGGCCAAGGCAGGGCAGAAAGUAAAAAUCAAGAUCCCUUUUGAGGGCCGGCUGCCAAUCAGAGCAACGUGGCUAAAGGACAGAAUGGAGCUAGUAGAUGACACAAGGAUUCGUGUUGAUAAAACAGAGACCUUUACCAUGCUGUCCAUCUCCAGCAGUGAGAGAAAGGACUGUGGGGAUUACCAAGUCAGGCUGAAGAAUGACAGUGGGGUCCUGGAGAUCAACUUAAAGCUUGUGGUAAUAGACAAGCCACAGCCACCUGCAGGACCCAUCAAAAUUGUAGAAAGCUCUGCAAACAACAUCACCAUUCAGUGGAAGCCUCCGAAGGAUGAUGGGGGCAAACCAGUGCAACGCUACAUUGUUGAGAGACAGCAGGUAGGCAAGAAUGACUGGGUGACUUUGGGAGAAACCCCCAGGAGCUGUACUACCUUCACUACUAACAAAGUGGAACAAGACAUGAGCUACUACUUCAGGGUGAGAGCUGUGAAUGCCGAGGGAACUAGUGACGCACUGGAAUCAGAUGAAGUGAAGGCUGUCGGUAAAGCUUCGCCUGGUGCCCCAGAUCCCCCUGAGAUUGUCAGUGCCAGCAGAGACACCAUCACAAUAUGCUGGAAAGCACCUCGUAAAACUGGCAGUUCCCGAAUUGUGGGAUAUAUCGUUCAAAAACGCAAGAAGGGUACCAUGACCUGGCUGCCAGUCAACAAUGUGCCUAUAGCAGACAAGAAGCUGAAAAUGACCAAUCUCAAGAAAGGUCUGCAGUAUGAAUUUCGUGUGGCAGCUGUCAAUGCUGCUGGCAUAGGAGAUGCCAGUGAACCAUCACAGCCUGUCUUUGCGCGGGAUUCCACCAGUCAAGUGCAGGACCUUAAAGUGAGCAGCAGUGACAGCACUAGUGUCACCUUGACAUGGAGGAGACCUGAAGCAAAAGAUGGGAGUGAUGUGAAAGGCUAUGAGGUGGAGAUGCGAUCUUCUAACAGCCUCAACUGGACCAAAUGCAAUAAUCUUCCCAUAGAGAUGACCACUUACACAGUGAAAGGCCUCCAAGCCAAAGAGAUAUACUUCCUACGUGUGAGAGCCCUCAAUGACAGUGGCCCAGGAGAAGCCGCAGAGCUUGAAGCUUGCAUCGAAGCUGCUCCCGCUGUAGUUUCUCCCAGGUUACUAAUAGAUGACACAGUGAAAAGCUUCCUGGUUAUAAAAGCAGGAAAUACCAUCCGAGUGAAUAUUCCCUUUGAAGCGUCUCCAGAUCCAGUGGUGACCUGGUUAAAGGAUGGGCUUCCUCUUUCAAACCGGGCUAAAAUAAACACCAAAGAUGGUACCACCCAGCUGCUGAUUGCAGCAGCUGAGUUCGCUGACAGCGGCACCUACACUGUUGAGCUCCAGAAUGGGUUAGGGAAAAGAGAAACAUUCAGCUUCCAAGUUCAAAUUACAGAUAUCCCACAAUCACCUGGACCUAUUCAACUGGAAGAGAAUGUGCCAAAUACAGUGACAGUAACCUGGGAGCCAUCACCAUCUGAGAAAUGGGAAAGUAAUCUCUACUACACAGUCCUGAAACGUGAAUCACAGAAGGGCUUGUGGCACAUGGUGGGUGACCUGAUCUACACCAACAAGUUCACAUUCACCAAACUGAUCCCAGGCCGGGACUACUACUUUAGGGUUGUGGCAAAAAAUAGCCUGGGAGCCAGUGAUCCAUCUGAAACUGUGCAACCUUGGAGCAUUCGAAAACCAAAGGUCAAACCACAGAAAUACAGGGGAGUGAACCAAAACCAGCCUCCCAGAUUCCUUGUCCCAUUGAAGCCUCAUGUGGUGACUACUGGGAGUGAGUGCCAUAUGAGCUGUGCGAUUGGAGGCCAUCCACCUCCAAAGAUCACAUGGUAUAAGGACAGUAGAGACCUCUCCAAUGAUCCUACCUAUUUUUGCACAAAUGACUUUGGUGUCUGCUCCCUGGUUGUCCUGGGUGUCACAAAACAUGAUGAAGGAGAAUAUAUGGUAGAAGCCACCAAUGAAUCGGGCCGUGCGUUCAGCAAAGCCUUCCUCACUAUUAAAGGUAUCAGUCUUUAA